GCCACGUCGGCGCGACGCGGCGCUGCAGGCAACGGCAGCCCCCGCCAGUGAUCCUGGUUCGGGAUGCGGCAGGGAGUGUAAAGGGUUCGCAUUCUGUGGUGAGUGGUCACUGUAGCUUGUCGCUCCUAUAGUACAUCGCGACGUAAUUCUAUUCCCCAGGUUUCUCGCCACCCUCGCCAUCGCCAUCCGUCCUAUCUCUAUCUAACAGUCCAUGCUCGCCUCCGCUACCGCCGUGAUUCUCGACCUCGUCUCUACUGAGCUGGCCAGGAUUAUCCUCGAUAUCAACAUCUCCUUCGUCGGCCUGCGCGCCGCCUUCAUCCACGUCUUCGCUCGCGUCAUCCUCUUCGUUCGCGUCAUCCUCUUCGUUCGCGUCAUCCUCCUCGCUUGCAUCAUCCUCUUCACUUGCGUCAUCCUCUUCGCUUGCAUCGUCCUCUCCGCUCACAUCCUCCCAACUCGCAUCUGAAUCUCCCUCGCUCGUACCACCACCAGGCUCAUGCGAGUGCGCCUCACUUCUUUCGGCAGUAUCACGACUAUUGGCGCGCAUCCCUUCGUUCAUCAGCCCUUCCUCCGCGCCUGCACCCCCCUCUAUACCACCCGCGUCCACGUGUGACUCCUCUGCGUUCCGACCAAUAACACGAGACUUCCUAUUCGACUGCGUCGGUGACAAUCCCCCCUGCGGCGGCCUAUCCUGUGCAGACUGGUAUGCCGGCUGCGGGGACAGCGGGGGCCCAGCGACGUCUUUUGUUGGCGGCGGCGUAUCCGCAGAAUCGGAGGAGCCUGCGGGCCCGGCUGCCGGCUGUUGGGGUUCAAGUCGCUCUCGUUCCUGAAGCGCCGUGAGCUUCGGGUGCUUCGACACAUCUUCUGACGAGAUGAAGAGACCGAGUGCGGCGAUGAGCUCGUCCGGAAAGACUGGACCGCGCUUGGAUGAGUUGGAACCAGAAGUGCCGCCACCGCGCUUGACCGACCGCACAAUGUCGAGGCACUUUCCGGCAAGCUUCUGAUCGUCAGCGAGCAGCUCGUCUGGAGUGCGAUGUGUAGGGAGAUGGUAAUAGUACUCCUCGUACUCGGCAUGCCACUUUUGUUCUGCGAAGUACUUGCGUAAGGCAGCAUUUGUUGCUUUCCAGAGGCUCCUCCAUGCAGCUGGUCUUGGAAACGUCGCUUCAUGAUCUGACAGGGACGAUGCUACCGUGGUCUGUGGGCCCUCUCUGGCGUGCUCCGCGUACAGUCGGAGGUGAAGGUAGCAGAAGCGGACCAUACUUAAUGGGUCGAAUCCUUGUUCGUUGUAUUCGCCGCCUACAUAAUCUUGCGCAAUCUCUGUUGAGUUCUCCACGAUCUUUGUCUGGUCUGAAUAGCGCAAGUGAAUAGAAGUACUGCGAAUGAAUACUGCAGAACGUACCAUGGCUGGCGGAAAAUGCAUCCAUGCACAGCCGCAGCAUAUACGUACGUGAAGCCCGUGUCACGCGAUGCAGUGAUGUAAACGUGUGAGAUAAUGUGAGGUAAGUCCAGUACCGGUUCUCCCAAUAUGCGACGAGGCUCGCAGUCGCGUCGUCUCUUCUGCCCAUCCGGUCCGACAACUCCCAAAGAAUCAGGAUGGACUCAUCUCGGCCGUCGAGGGUAUUGGAGCCGGAAUACUUGCUAUCCGCCAGUAAUACGAACUGGAUAAGAUUCCAAAUGUCGUCUAGUAUUGGACGUGCCUCCUGGUGCUCGAAGAGAUCCGGCUCCUGAGACAACACUCGAUAGAGCGGUCGCAUCUCUGUCUUGGAAGAGCUCGAGCAGUAAGGGCGAAGAAGUUCCACAUACAUGAAAAGUAUGGUGUGUAGGCACCCGC